CAGUAUAAAUAGCAAGCCAUUCUUCUCUUUUUACACAAUACAACAAAAGGCAAACAACUUUUCUCAUUCUUCUGUUCAAUGAAAUUUUGGUGUUUUACUAAAUUACAUUAAAGGGAUAUUCUAUCUAGGAGAUUAGGUUUUAAAUGGGACCACCCCUUCAAUCUUUCUUAAGAAUUGAACCUAGUGUGGUUUAACCGGUUUUCUUUCAAUUUAUUUCUUGGUCUUAUUGUCCGGUUCCUUUUGAGAAGAACAAUACCAAUUGUGUUUCACUUUUUGCAUUUGAGCAUACGAAUAUUAAAGUACUGUGUUAACUGUGGGGGUGAUGUCCACUACACGAUUACAUUGAUCUCGGUGAAUUUGCUUCUAAGGCAGUGGUUCUUCCACGACAAAGUGAUUAUUUCAUUCAUUUACGCUCUGUUUAUUUGUCCUAUCAGUGCUAACGAUCUUGUUUUGCAGUAGUAUAUUUCUAACAAUUUAGAAGAAAAUUCAUACUACUGUUUAAACAUGAGAAUCGGGUAAAAGAAAACGAAUUAUAGUGCACUUGUGGAUCGUUGGAGCAAGUGAAGUCUCCUAUUAAGGUAAUCGAGUUUGAGGGCAGUUGAGUAGGGCAAGAGUGUGCCUAAGUUGUGUUGGAACGGUUGCAAGCUUCAUCUGUGUUGGCCAGCGGGCCAUUGUGAUCAAGAUGAGCUUGGAAGGCCUAGCGUGAUUGAUCGAUCAGAGGACCACUCUAGAUUAUGGCAUGGUAAGCCAAUUUUGUAUUUUUUGUUGUGCAGGUCAACAGACCUAUUGAGUCGAGCAAGGCAGAUGCAAGUCUUGACUUUGAGCCGAGCUUGGUACCGCAAGCUUGUAACCCAAGUGGGGGCAUUAACGUGGUGGUACACAAGCUCAUUUUGCCUAGUCAUAUUCCUUGUGGUUUAAUUUUGGCUUGCCCAUUGCAAGCUUAGAGUUGAGUUAUGGGGCUUGGGCGUAAACUCUGGGUUUCGUGGCUCCUAGAUUGGAGGAUUAUUGAGUCUGAGAUCUUGAACUAGAGAACCAAUGAGGGAUGUCUUGCUCAGGCAACCUCUGAGAUUGAGAUCGAGAUCGACCUAGUUUGGUGGUGCUGCAUGUGUUGUAGUUGGCCAAGAUGACCACACCUAGUGAGGUGACCUUAGGGGGGUCGAGAGGGCCUUAGUUGGGGAUGACCAAUGAGUCUGAAUUUCCCAUGUUGAGACCUUUAGUGUUGGUGCCGCAAGGGGCGGUUGACAUAAACUACGUCCAAAGGGACGCAUCCAGCGGGAUGUUGUAAGAGUGCAGUUUGUGCUACAUCCAGAGGGAUACAUUUUUUAGUAUCAAAGAUAUGGUAAUAUUCAGUCGACAAAGGGUCAUACCAUUAAGGGUCCCUAAAGGUUGUAACUUGAUGAUUAUGUGGCAUUGAGUCCAAGUGUUCGGUGGAGGAAUUUGUAUAGACGAGACUACACCAACAAUUGAGAUGAGACCAAGUUAAGUCUAUAUCCGAUGUGUAUUGAAUGGAUCAUAACCUUAGGCCUUGAAGGUCCAAGAUGAACUUGAGAUUGAAAUAUCAACUCGAUGUAACAAGGUUAUUAAAGUUGUGGCUCUAUGUCGAUGAGGGCAUCAACAUAGUAAGUGGGGGAGGGUGUUAUGGUCCACAAUUUACUAUGUUACUUAUCAAUGUUGAGCUUUUUCCAAAUGGUCUUAAGUGAAAUUAAAAGUAUAAUAACUCGGAAGUUGGAAUUUAUUGGAUAUCCUGCAAUUCUAGAGGGAUGUUGUGAUACAAAUUAGGUAAUUGAUAAAGUUAGCCUUACAAGUGGAUAUGUCUUUACUUUGGCUGGAACAACUAUUUCUUGCAAGUCUGCUAAAAAGACGUGUAUUGCUUGCUUCAAGAUGGAAUCAGAAUUUAUAACUUUUGACUGACCCAGGCAAGAGGCCGAGUGACUUAAAAAUUUACGUGCAAAGACUCCUUUAUGGAAAAAACUGACAUCUCCUGUAUCUCUAUUAUGUGAUUCACAAGCCGCAAUUUGCGUUGCUAAGAGCCAAGCUUACAAUGGUCUCCUCCAAACCUCCUCUCCCAUCAGAACCUCCUACAAGUCAUGUCAACCUUGAGGAAACUGCCAAGAAAGAGAGGCAGCGAAUUGAACAGAUGCUUAAAGAUAAGGGAAUACGACAUGGUUCUUAUCCUCGGUUUACUGUUGCUGUCAAGGGCCAAAAGGUUACAAUCAAGUUCCAGAUUCCUCCUUCAUGUGAAGUUGCACAGUUGGUUGCAAACCUUGUUUCACAUCUUGGGCUGAAGGUUGAUGAGCGAGGUGGUGGUUCCGAUGUGCUAUUACGUGCAUGGGACAGUUCAGUGGCCUGGCAGCUGACACUUAAUCCACUGGAGAAACAGAAGGAAACUGGAUUCAAUGAGGGACAUUCAGUAUAUAGGAGUGGAGAUGAAGGGGAUUUAUGCAUCCUCAUUUUCCGUUCACUCAUAAGCUCUGACAAAGCGGAAAUUGAGUUUUUAAAGCAAGGAAGUUUGAAUCAGAAGGAGCUUGAAGCCUUCGUAUCUGCCUUAGAACUAGCAGGUGGAAGGUUUGCACAAAGUAGUUCUCUGGUAAACAAACCAAGGGAAGGUUCUGCACAGAUACCUGCACAAAAAUCAAUCUCUAGCCUGGAGGCCAUGGGGGUAAGAAUUUAUGGACUUGAUGCACCACAUCAGAAUAAACCAUACAAUGAGAUAUCAUGGGACAAUAUUGCUGGAUACGAUCAACAAAAACAAGAAAUAGAAGAUACAAUUUUGCUGGCUCUAAAUAGUCCUGAAGUAUAUGAUGAUAUAGCUCGUGGGACUCGCCAAAAAUUUGAGUCAAAUAGACCGAGAGCCGUGCUCUUUGAAGGACCUCCCGGUACAGGGAAGACAUCUUGUGCUCGUGUUAUUGCUAAUCAGGCGGGUGUCCCAUUGCUCUAUGUACCACUUGAGAUUGUUGUGUCAAAGUACUAUGGUGAAAGUGAAAGGUUACUGGGGCAAGUUUUCUCUCUUGCCAAUCAGCUCCCCGAUGGUGCUAUCAUAUUUUUGGAUGAGGUUGAUUCUUUUGCCACUGCUCGUGGUGGUGAAAUUCAUGAAGCUACACGUCGAAUUUUGUCAGUGCUAUUGCGCCAGAUUGAUGGAUUUGAACAGGACAAAAAAGUAGUUGUCAUUGCUGCUACAAAUAGAAAACAAGAUCUUGAUCCUGCAUUGAUUAGUCGUUUUGAUUCAAUGAUUGUCUUUGGUCUACCCGAUGAGCACAACCGUCGGCAAAUAGCAGCUCAGUAUGCAAAGCAUCUUACAGAAUCCGAGUUGGCUGAACUUGCUCGAAUCACCGACAAAAUGUCUGGUAGGGACAUCCGGGAUGCAUGCCAACAAGCAGAGCGGUCAUGGGCGUCAAAGCUUAUUCGAGGACAAGCAACAAAUAACAAAGAACAACCAUCUCUCCCACCUUUGGAGGAAUACAUCAGAAGUGCCACUAAUCGAAGACAGGCCCUACUCAGUGUUGCAGAGCAGAGAAACCAAAACCCAAGCCCUCGUAUGAAGAAACCUCCAUUAGAUUUGUUGUCUUUGCAAUCUACAGCACUUUAGGUGAUUACAUUUGUAGAGAGACAAAGGACUUUUGCGGAGAGAGAGAGAUUUUUCAUUUAAUAUAAUAAUCAGUACAUUACAUAGAUAUAGUAUAUAAAAUCCCAGCUUCAUUUUCAUCCUCAA